AUGGCGGACCGGGAGUAUGAGAAACAUGGCGCCAAAGCAGAGGGCAAGGCACAGGACGACCUGUCUGGUCCCAGCGACCAUGAUAAUGGUAACAUCCGCGACGAUGUCUCCAGUACCGAGGGCCAGGUGUUUGCCUACUCGGAUGACAGGAAAAUUGGCAUUACCGGCGCCGUGUUCCUGAUUCUCAACAAAAUGAUUGGCACUGGAAUCUUCUCAACACCAUCUGGGAUUUUCGCCGCCACUGGGUCUGUCGGGGUGAGCUUCAUCCUGUGGCUCGUUGGUGGUCUCCUGACCUUCUUCGGCCUCAGUGUCUUCCUCGAGUUCGGCCUGGCUAUUCCACGAUCCGGUGGCGAGAAGAACUACCUCGAAAGGGUAUACCGUCGACCCCGAUACCUGGCGACUUGCGUUCUAGCGUCGCAAAUGAUCCUGCUGGGGUUCUCGUCUGGAAACGCCCUUGCGUUCGGCCGCUACAUCCUGUACGCCUCCGGUAGUGAGGCCCCCGACGGAUGGCAGGCCCGCGGCAUCGGCAUCGCGGGAGUCACAUUCGCCAUUGUCCUGCACAGCACCCUGCCCAAAUGGGGGAUCCGCCUCUUCAACGUGCUCGGCGUUUUCAAGGUCGUCAUCCUCCUCUUCAUCGUCUUCUCAGGCUUCGCCGCGCUCGCCGGGCGUCGACUGGUGGACAACCCACACAACUUCGACAACGCAUUCCGCAUCGAGUCCGGGGAUGGGUACGGUGGGGGUGGUGCGUAUGCCUACUCCAACGCGCUGCUCAACGUGGUCUACAGCUACAAGGGAUGGGAGAACGCCAAUUACGUUGUGAGUGAGCUCCGUCACCCACGCAAGACGCUCGCCAUCGCCGCGCCGCUCGCGGUCGGCGGUGUCACCAUUCUAUACGUCCUCGCCAACGUGGCGUAUUUUGCCGCAAUCCCCAAGGCGGAGCUGGCCAAGUCCGAAGUGCUCGUUGCGGGCAUCUUCUUCCGAAACGUGUUUGGCGACAGCGCCGGAGCGCGCAGCCUGCCAGUGUUUGUGGCGUUAAGCAAUAUCGGCAACGUCCUGGCGGUGAGCUUUGCGCAUGCGCGCUUGAACCAAGAGCUUGCCAAAGAGGGUCUGCUGCCGUUCAGCAAGUUCUGGGCAUCGAACAAGCCCUUCAACGCACCCGCUGCUUCGCUAUUUCUACACUGGCUUGUCACAGUCAUCGUCCUCGUUGCGCCGCCCGCCGGCCCAGCGUACACGUUCAUCGUCAACCUGUACACGUACCCAGGUGCAUGGAUCAAUGCCUUCGUCACCGCCGGCCUCGUUUGGCUGCAGUUCAAAAAGUCCGAAAGCUGGAGCUCGCCGUGGCACACGUUCCUGCCCAUAUCCAUCGUCUAUUUCCUCUCAAACGUAUUCCUCGCAAUCGUGCCGUUCAUCCCUCCGGAGGGCAGCUGGACUGCAGACGGGUAUCCGUACUACGUCUUCCCUGUCGUCGGUGUCGGCGUCCUGUUGCUCGGCGGCGUGUACUGGACGUUUUGGACAAGAAUCCUCCCGUACUUUGGCGGCUACAAGAUUGUGUCCGAGAGGACAUUUGACGAGGAGGGCGUGGAGGUGGUUCGCUAUCGCAAAAAGGCCGUCAAGCACCUCUGA